AUGGAGCCACGUCAGCGAAGAUAUAACGUCCAGCAACAGUACCAGCAGACACACAAGCUAGUCAACGAGGCACUGCGCGACGCGAUCGAAGGGAGAGCAGAUCAACACAACGAAGACGUCAGUUCGUAUGACAUAAAGGAUGGAGAUCGAGUAUGGUUAUACCUAGAUCAAGUUAAGGAAGGCUACGCUCGCAAGCUCGCGCAUAUGUGGCAUGGUCCAUUCAGAGUUGCGGAGACGCUAAAGCUGGUGAAGAGCUACCCAGUGCGCCCGACAUCUACGCUGACGAACCGCGAAGCAGAUCGCGUAGACUUCGACGAAGGCCUGCUGCCCGAGGACAGACAGAUCGCAACCGGUUCGAAGCGAUGCAGUCGCAUGAGGAGUAAGCGGUGGAACAUCUGCGGUGGGUUGGCCACUGUCGAGAAGUGA